UGCUCUUGUUGCUACUGGCAAAGCGGAAGACACUGUCCCUCGCCAUUUUGAGAUAUCGGCCAGACGCUCAGUAAUUAGUUGUUUGAGGGUAAUGUGAUCAACCCUUGGACGCUAUGCCGAUUACCUAGUCGUUUAUAAUUUGCCAUCACGUUAUUAUUUUAGCGUUUGUCCAGUUGCUACUACAUUUCUAAAUCUGAACACCCACCCAGCCAUGGCCACCGAGGGAGCCGCCGACCAGGCAGCGGCAGAAUAUAUUCCAGAGAAGGUGAAGAAGGCAGAGAAGAAGUUGGAAGAAAACCCAUAUGACCUUGACGCAUGGAGCAUUCUGAUUCGAGAAGCACAGAAUCAACCUAUAGAUAAAGCCAGGAAGACAUAUGAGCGACUUGUCACACAGUUCCCAAGUUCUGGCAGAUUCUGGAAACUAUUCAUUGAAGCUGAGAUCAAGGCUAAAAACUAUGACAAGGUAGAAAAGUUGUUUCAGCGGUGCCUAAUGAAAGUGUUGCACAUUGACCUGUGGAAAUGCUACCUCUCGUAUGUCAGAGAGACCAAAGGGAAGCUGCCAAGCUACAAAGAGAAGAUGGCCCAGGCCUACGACUUUGCCCUUGAUAAAAUUGGCAUGGAAAUAAUGUCUUAUCAGAUUUGGGUAGACUAUAUCAACUUCCUUAAAGGAGUUGAAGCCGUGGGCUCAUACGCAGAGAACCAACGAAUCACUGCGGUUCGGAGGGUGUACCAGCGAGGAUGCGUGAACCCUAUGAUCAACAUCGAGCAACUUUGGAGAGACUAUAGCAAAUAUGAGGAGGGCAUUAAUGUGCACUUGGCUAAAAAGAUGAUUGAGGAUCGAAGCAGAGACUACAUGAAUGCCAGAAGAGUGGCAAAGGAGUAUGAGACUGUGAUGAAGGGGCUGGACAGGAACGCACCCUCGGUACCGCCCCAGAACUCACCUCAGGAAGCCCAGCAAGUGGAAAUGUGGAAGAAGUACAUCCAGUGGGAAAAAAGCAACCCGUUACGCACAGAAGACCAGACUCUCAUCACAAAAAGAGUAAUGUUCGCCUACGAGCAGUGCCUACUGGUGCUGGGCCACCAUCCAGACAUAUGGUACGAGGCAGCACAGUACCUGGAGCAGUCCAGCAAACUGCUAGCAGAGAAAGGGGAUAUGAAUAAUUCCAAGCUUUUCAGUGAUGAGGCAGCUAACAUCUAUGAACGUGCCAUCGGGACUCUUCUGAAGAAGAACAUGCUCCUGUACUUUGCCUUUGCCGAUUACGAAGAAAGUCGUAUGAAGUAUGAGAAGGUGCACAGCAUCUACAACAAACUGCUGGCCAUCGAAGACAUCGACCCCACGCUUGUUUACAUCCAGUACAUGAAGUUUGCCAGGAGGGCGGAGGGCAUCAAGUCAGGUCGCUCCAUCUUCAAGAAGGCCAGAGAGGAUCUACGCACGCGUCACCACGUGUACGUCACCGCAGCGCUGAUGGAAUACUACUGCAGCAAGGAUAAAUCAGUGGCCUUCAAGAUCUUUGAGCUCGGUUUGAAAAAAUAUGGCGACAUUCCAGAGUACAUACUGGCUUAUAUUGAUUACCUGUCGCACCUUAAUGAGGAUAACAACACUAGGGUCCUGUUUGAGCGUGUCCUCACCUCAGGAAGCUUGUCACCAGAAAAGUCAGGUGAGAUCUGGGCUCGAUUUCUGGCCUUUGAGAGCAACAUAGGAGACCUGGCCAGCAUUUUGAAAGUAGAGCGCCGGCGUUUCUCCGCGUUCAAGGAUGAGUAUGAGGGCAAAGAAACGGCUCUGCUCGUAGACAGGUACAAGUUCAUGGACCUGUACCCCUGCUCCACCAGUGAACUCAAAGCCCUUGGAUACAAGGAUGUGUCUCGUGCCAAACUGGCAGCGCUGCUUCCAGAGACCGUGGUGGCUCCCUCUGCGCCUGCACUGAAGGACGACGCUGACCGCAAACCCGAGUAUCCCAAACCUGACACCAAUCAGAUGAUUCCCUUCCAGCCACGCCACCUUGCCCCUCCAGGUUUACACCCCGUCCCUGGUGGAGUGUUCCCAGUCCCCCCAGCUGCUGUGGUCUUAAUGAAGCUGCUCCCUCCACCUACAUGCUUCACUGGUCCGUUUGUUCAAGUGGAUGAGCUCAUGGAAACAUUCAGGAGAUGCAUACUUCCUGAGACUGUUGAUGCUGCUAUAGAGCUGAUCACUGGCAGGCAGCCUGAUGCUGGAGGCGAGGGCAACGGACCCAUGGAGAACCACGCAAUUGCCAAGUCGCUCAAGAGGCCAAACGCAGACUCCGACGAGGAGGACGACAAAGGAGCCGUGGCUCCGCCCAUACACGACAUCUACCGCGCGCGCCAGCAGAAGAGGAUUCGAUAAUCAAACCAAACACAGUGAACCUUACAAGAAUGUAAUCUUAACAGGUUGUCCUUUUGGUAAAUGUCCAUAUUUCUCAGUGAGUCUCACAAAUGAUUCUGUACAUCUGUUGUACAUCUCUGUACAAAAGACAAGCAAACACACACACAUACAGUAUGUGCACCUGAGUGUUCUUGUGGCUUUUGUUUUGUUAACAGUUUUUAUUUUUAAAGACUGACCAUUAUACUGUACAAAUCUUUUAAUUCGAGCAUUUAUUUUGGCGCAUAGCUAAGUUUUGGCCUUGUGAUGUUCCAGUGAUGGCAAACUUGGAAUUAAGCUUUUUUUAGAUAACUGGAGUUCAUUUCAAUAAAAAUGGAAAAGGA